AUGAAUCAGGUUGAUGAUUAUGAAUAUUUUUGUCAUAGUUGUGAAGAUGUAAAAAGAACAAGUGAUGUUGAAAUUAUUUGUGAUGGCGAAUUAAAAUGUAAAAGUUGCAAUAAUGUUGGCUUUGUAGAAAAAAUUGAUGAAGACGAUCCAGUUAGUUUUCAUUCAGUUAAUUAUAACAGGGAUGGUCGAUCAAAUGCCAAUAAUAGUGAUCAAAAUAACCCAAAUAAUUCCAUUACAAAUAGUGGUAACAAUAGGAAUAGUAAUACAAAUAGUAGCAAUCAUAAUGGGGGCGUAGGAAGUAAUAGAAGUAAUAGUAACUAUCGAAUUGAGUAUACAAAUAGCAGUAAUGCAUUUAAUCCAAAUGACAAUAUUUUUAGUGAUAUGAUGUUCUUCCGAAAUAUGUAUCAACAAAUAUAUAGCACCGGGCUUAGAACCGUUGAUGGUAAUAUAAAUUUUACUUCUAAUUUAGAACCCUCAUCGAAUUCCAACAGGUCUAAUGAGGCUAAUGCCGAGAAUACAAAUGGCAGUAGUGUCAGAAAUGUUAAUAAUAGCAAUGGAAAUCGAAAUGAUUGGUUUAGUCGAGUUUUCUUUGGAACAAACUCGAGGUCAUCCAAUCUAAGUAACAAUAACACUUCAAAUAAUAGCAAUAAUAACAAUGAUAAUAAUGAUAAUAAUAAUAACAACAACAACAAUAAUAAUAAUAAUAAUAAUAAUAAUAAUAACGGUGCUAGUCAAAACAAUAAUACUCGAAAUAUAAGAAAUCCGAGAAUUGUUACUCGAGCUAUAGAUAUAACUAACAUUCCAUUAAAUUCGCCGAUUAGAUUAAAUUUUCAUGAUAUAAUUGAUAAUAUUUUAACAAACUCAUUUGAUAAUAUUUCUUUAGAUCAAGUAUUAACAAUUAUUAUGGAGAGCGACCCAUCAAGAAAUGGUCCACCUCCAGCUUCUGAAGAAAUCAUAAAAAAUUUAAAAGUAGAAAAACUAACAUUUGAAAGAGCUCAAGAAUUAGAAUCGUGUGCUAUAUGUAGAGAAGAAUAUAAAGAAAAUGAUGAAGUACAUAGGAUAACAGAUAACGAACGGUGUAGACAUGUUUUUCAUUGUGAUUGCAUUAUUCCAUGGUUAAAGGAGCGAAACUCAUGUCCUACUUGUCGUUUUGAGUUGCCCACUGAUGAUCAAGAAUAUAAUUGUAAAAGAGAAGAAUUAAGAGAGCGAAUAAAUUCAGAAAUAUCUCGAAAUAAUUCGCUUAAUAAUUCGAAUAAUGUUGAUGUUGGUCAGGAUGAAAAUGGGAUAGGAACUAACAAUGAGGAAAGGAAUAACGAAAAUGAAAUGGAAGAAAAAACAGAUAAUGAUAAUUCGGGUAUAACAAAUAAUGAGAACGGGAAUAGAGAAUUUAAUGAGAAUGGGGAUAGAACUGAUUCUAGAAAUAGAAGAGGAAAUGAAUCAGGAAAUCGAACUGAAGCGAGAUUUUUACAAUUUGGUGAUGAACAUGAGUUAAAUGGAUUAGGUGAUUUUGCAACAAUGAACACAUCGUCAAUUAUACAGAAUAUUUUUAAUAAUUUUAUAAAUGGAUCAAAUAGUGAUGGUUCAGGAGUAAGCAGAAUAUUUUGUCCACAACAGUCAUUUAAUAGAAAUAUGAAUCGAAAUUCAGAUACAAGAAAUGUUUUUGAAGAAAGCCAAAUUCGGCCUGAACAUGUUAUUGUUAAUAUAACUAGUUCUAUAGAUGAAAUAAAUGAAUUUCCAACUAAUGAUAAUAAUAAUUUUCAAAAUAAUGUGACAACUGAACCGAAUAUUAAUCAAGAAAGUAGAACUAUUAAUGGAAAUAAUAACCAGAAUAAUAGUAGUUCAAAUGAUGGAAAUGCAUCUAACGAUAGAAACAAAAAUGAUAUAAAUAGUGAAAAUUCGAAUGAAAUAAAUAAUCGUCAAGGUCGAGAUAAUUCGAGUAAUGCACCACAUAUAGGAGAAAAUAUAUUUGGGGCAUCAAAUUUUUUUUCGAGCUCAAAUUUAUCAGGAUUACAAAACUUAUUUGAUGGAAAUAAUUUAUUUGACACUGCAAGUGUAAUUAUAACAAAUAUAAGUAAUCAUAAUAAUACACCAAAUUCUAUAAAUUCUGGUUCAGUGCAUUUUCCAAAUGUUUUUAAUAAUAUAAAUGAAUUUUGUACAAGCAUUAAUAAUUUGCAUGAAGAAAGGAAUGUAUCCGUUUUGACUCCUAUCGAUUCUAACAAUCUUCAAACUAGUAAUACAAAUAAUAAAGAAGAUCAAAAAAAUAGUUCUGAUGAAAUGGGAAAUAAUAAAAAUAAUAACAAGAAUGGAAUAAAAAAAAAUGAAAAGAGGAUGUAUGAAAAGGUGCAAUUAUCUUAUAAUGAUCGAGAUAAUAACAAUAAUAAUAGCAGUGGUAGUAGAAGGGGUCGAAAUGAUGAUACUGAAGAAGAAAUAAUUCGAAAAAAAUCUAAAAACUAUGAAAAUUAUGAUGAAAAUAAAUGUACUGAAAUAAAUGGAAAUAGUAACAGGGAUAAUAAUAAGGAAAAUGAAAAAAUUGAAAAAUCGGAUACUUCUGUAAUUGAUACUAUAGAAAAUAACGAAGAAAAUGAUGAUAACAAUAAUGAAUGUAAAAAUUCAGAAAAACAAAAAUCGGUUAAAAGUUAUAUAUUUAACAAAUUUAACUGGUUAAAAAAUUAUGAUAAUAAUAAAGAAAAAAAAAAAAAAUCUGAAAAAAAUAAUGAUAAAAAGGAUCCAAAUAUAAUGCAAGAUGACAGCACAAAUUAUAAACAUGAAAAAGAAGCUAAUACAACCGAAUUAGAGAAAAUGAGAAAAAAUAACAAAUUGGGAUAUUCGGUGCAAGACGGUGGAAAUGAAGAAACUAAUAAAAGUGAUACUUAUUUUCGGGGAACGGGAAAAGAUGAAAUUAAUGAUAUGAAGGAAAAUAUUAGCAAUGAUUAA